AUGCCGACCGAUGAGCAAUUAACAACUCAAUUAAAAGUGUUGCGUGCUGAACAACUGCAAUUGUUCACACGUCUUCAAAAUUUGUAUACGAAAAAUAGGUUUGAAACAAUUGUUCGGGAAAUAAAUCAAAUAGAAUUGACUUUAGAUGAAAAUUUCAAUCCUGAUUUUUCGACGAUAGAUUCCUUUGAUGAAAUUCUUUGUAACAUUCAAAGUGUGGCUGAUUUGAUUUCUGAGCCCGCAACUGCGACUUCUAGUUCUAGGCCAACGAAUAAGGCAGGUUCUAGUGGGUUUUCAGCUAAAAGUAUAUCACGAUUACCAAGAAUUCCAUUACCAGUUUUUGGUGGUGAUAUUAAAGAAUGGCCUUCUUAUUUUGAAUUGUUCAAGUCUUUAAUUGACGAAAAUCAGGAACUGAAAACCGUAGAUAAGGUUCAUUAUUUAUUCGGUAGUUUAUCUGGUACUGCAAAGAAUAUUUGUGGUGGAUUAACUCCACCUGAAAGUAAUUAUUCAACAGUGUAA